AGUCAUCGUUGUCACCUUGCCCUGAUGCACACUUAAAUAAGAAUUCAGCUCCUGUGGGGCCACUGCUGGCUCCUAGAGGGAAAAUUUGUCUGAACUGGCAGAGACKGUCGGCAGCUGGUGCUGGGCUGCAGAACAUGGGAAACACUUGCUACGUGAAUGCAGCCCUGCAGUGCCUGACAUACACACCUCCCCUGGCCAACUACAUGCUGUCCCAGGAGCACUGCCAACRCUGUCCUCGUCACAGGGUCUGCAUGCUGUGUGUGAUGCAAGCCCACGUGACACGGGCUCUCCGCCACCCUGGGGAUGUCAUUCGGCCCCUGCCUGCUUUGGUUGAUGGCUUCCACACUUCCCGGCAAGAAGAUGCCAAUGAAUUUCUGCUCUUUACUCUCCAUGCCAUGCAGAAAGCAUGUCUGCGUGGGCACAAGAGGCCGGGUACUCACUCCAAGGACCCUACCCUCAUGCACCAGAUAUUUGGAGGGUGCUGGAGAUCUCAAAUCAAGUGUCUCCACUGCUGUGGCGUUUCAGACACUUUUGACCCCUACCUGGACAUUAUGCUAGACAUCACGGCAGCUCCCAGUGUGCAGCAUGCACUGGAGCACUUGGUGAAGCCUGAGUGGAUGGAAGGGGAGAACGCCUACCAGUGUGGUGUUUGUCAGAAGAAGAGGCCAGCCUGCAAGMCCCUGACCCUGCAGAAGGCACCAAACGUUCUUAUGCUGGUAUUGAAACGGUUCUCAGAUCUCACAGGGGAAAAAAUUGCUAAGCAUGUACACUAUCCUGAGUGUCUUGACAUGCAGCCAUACAUGUCUCAGCAGGGCAGAGGCCCACUGGUGUAUGCCCUCUAUGCUGUGCUGGUCCAUGCCAGGGUGAGUUGUCGCAGUGGACACUACUAUUGUUAUUUAAAAGCUGGCAAUGGCCAGUGGUACAAAAUGGACAAUGCUAAGGUAGUGGCCUGUGACAUURCUUGUGUCCUGAGUCAGCGUGCCUAUGUCCUCUUUUAUGUCCAGAAGAGUGAACUUGAAACUGACAAUGGGAGUGUGUCACUGGGUAGGGAAACAAUAGCGUUUGGGCCUGAGGACACAAUCUUGAGAGCCACYCAAGGAGAGCUCCAAGGAGACUCCUGUAGCAAAGCAGUAGAGCCAGAAGAGCACUUGGUGGAUACAGCUACUGGAGAAAUCACCUUGGAUCAGUGGAAAUUUCUCCACGAACAGAACGGACCAAAGUCUGAAUUCAACCUCAGGAAAGUGGAAUUCACUCUGCCUCCCAAUGUUGUUGUGAUUCACCAGUCAAAACACAGAGAAAAGGAGAACAUAAUGGAUAAGCAGGAAAMAUACAAGCAGAGCAAGGAUACCAAGUACAGCAUAC